GCACUUCCGGCGGCGGGAGCGGUCGGCGCCCAUGGCGGGGUGCUGCAGGCUGGCGUGUGCGUCCCUGCCGCGCCACGGGUUCCACACGGCGGCCAGGCACUGCAAGGCUCGCACCGGCGCCGAGCACCUGUGGCUGACGCGCCACCUGAAGGACCCAUUCGUGAAGGCGGCGAGGGUGGAGAGUUACCGGUGCCGCAGCGCCUUCAAGCUUCUGGAGAUGGACACGAGGCGCCGGAUCCUGCGGCCCGGCCUCCGGGUGUUAGACUGCGGGGCGGCCCCCGGGGCGUGGAGCCAGGUGGCGGUGCAGAGAGUCAACGCUGCAGGCACAGAUCCCAGCAGUCCUGUGGGCUUUGUGCUCGGGGUGGAUCUCCUUCACAUCGCACCGCUGGGAGGAGCGACCUUCCUGUGCCCCGCGGAUGUGACCGACCCGAGGACCUGGCAGAGAAUCCGAGAACUGCUUCCAGGCGGGAGAGCAGAUGUGAUUCUGAGUGACAUGGCCCCCAACGCCACCGGGAUCCGGGGCCUGGACCACGACCGGCUCAUUGGCCUGUGCCUGUCGCUUCUGGACGUGGCUCCCGACGUGCUGUGUCCCGGGGGGACGUUUCUCUGUAAGACCUGGGCUGGAAGUCAAAGCCACCGGUUACAGAAGCGACUGACAGAGGAAUUCCAGGGCACGAGGACCCUGAAGCCGGAAGCCAGCAGGAAGGAGUCCUCGGAGGUGUACCUGCUGGCCACACAGUACCGCCGCGCGAAGGGGCCUGAGCGGGCCUGAGCGUUCUCCUCCGUUCCCGGCCCUGGUCGCUGCACAUGUCGCUGCACUCCGCGUGCGGCUGGGAGGCCCGGGCUUGACCUGGGAGGCAGCAGGCAGGACAGUGGGGACCUCUUUUUACACGGAAAAGAGGACAGAACUGUAUUCAGUGGCCAUGAUAACAAACGGUCUGUCGCGUGAUUUGUGAAGAGGAAGUUACUGGGAGGGAGGGUCAAGAUGAAAGAAAGGACGAGCAGAUGGGCUGGGGAGGGAAGGAUGGACACCGAGGCAGCGCCGGGGAGACAGGCCCCUGCCACGCACUCGCUUACAAGCCAGGUAGCUACGGAGAAACAGGCUCCGCCUUUGCUCCGGGAACGGCACAGGUUUCCAGCUGAGAUUUUGGCUCUACAGCAUAAUGUAGGAAAAUCUGAAAUGUCAGUCUGGGGAUUAAUUUCCACGUCUGGUGAAUGAUCUGCAGAUACAUCCACUCUUCAAGCAGCGAGAAUUCCCGGAGCAAUUAGGGGAGAAUUUGGUAUGAGUUUAUGCGCGGGGUGGGUGUGCUUUGGGCUUUGCUGGAAAUACAUUGCUGUAAUACUCGGGCUCCCUAGACAGUAAAGGUAAUUGCCAAAGC